AUGGCGAAUCUCACGCACAGGUUUCUCAGGAACCAAUCAUGUCUAAGGUCAAUAAUCCCGAGGCUCACUCCCAAUCUAUUCGCUCAUCAGAAGCCCUGCAUCAGCAACGUCGAACCUUUAUCUGUAGAACUCGAUCCAGUUCCUUUUACCAACCCGGUGAUUACCGUCUCCGAUAAAUCUCUGCACUUUUACCCGAGUCUCCCAAUCGGGUACUGUUUUAACCCGAGUGUGGUUCAUGAUCCGGGUCUAAUCGAUACGGCGUCGUUCGAGGACGCGGUGAUGGAGGAGAUGGAUGAGAAGGAGGCGGUGAUAUACGCAGACAGUGUGAAGAAGAAGAGGAAGAAGAAGAUGAACAAGCACAAGUACAGGAAACUCAGGAAGAGCAGAUCGUAG